GCCUGUUUUGACUCCUUUCAAUUUUCGUUCGGAUUCGCUCGUUUCCUGUUGCUUCUGCACUGAAAGUGAUCCGACCGUCGAGCGACUCCACUUUCUGCACAUCCGUCGGCGAGAGGAGAGGAGAGGAGAGGAGAGCAGGGCAGGGCAGGGCAGGGCAGCGCACUCCGCUCCGCUCCAUUCCAAUCCACUCAAUUCCAAUCCACACCAUUCCAACCCACUCCGCUGCGCUCCUCUCGACUCCUCCGGGCACCGACCGACCCCGCAGCACGGAAUAACCGACAAAACUAGUGCGGUGACGCGCGCCGAUUGUUUGUUUGUUUAUGACACGGAGGAGGAGGAGGGAGGGGAGGAGGUGCCCUCAUUUCUUCUGCGGCUCCUCCGAACUGUGCACUCUUCUUGUUUGUGGAAGCGACGCAAGGUAAACACACAGCAGCAGCAGCGUAAAACACUGCGAUGCACCGCGCCACGUGAAGCCAGUGGGAGAGACGCGCUCGCCGACCGCCGUGACCCCGGACUAUGGAAACAGAGGCUACAGAUGACUAUCUGACUCGCAAUGGUGACUGCUCACCCGGAAACGAUCAUUCGAGGACCGUGGACUUGUCAGUGUCUGUGCCUAACGGACAACACCCCCACCUCCGUACCUCUCCAAGCACUCAUUUGGUGAAGCUGGAGCGGGAGACAGGAGAGAAUGGGCAGAGGAAAGAUUCAGAAGAGAUGGGCCAAAAUGAGGAGGAGGGAAUGAGUGACAGCCCCAGCAACCUUCACAAUGGGGAACCGGGGCCAGAAGGUCCAAGUGACAUAGCAUUUAGACUACCUCAUGGCGACAGGCCGUUCCAUUGCAGCCAGUGUGGCGUUUCCUUCACGCAGAAGGGUAACCUACUGAGGCACAUCAAGCUCCACACCGGCGAGAAGCCCUUCAAGUGUCCCUUCUGCAGCUACGCCUGCCGCCGCCGGGACGCCCUCACAGGCCACCUGCGCACACAUUCCGUGGGAAAACCCUACAAGUGCAGCUUCUGCGGGAGGAGCUACAAGCAGCGGACGUCACUGGAAGAGCACAAGGAGCGCUGUCAUAACUACCUGCAAAGUGUCAACAGCAAUACCUUGAGCACCGAGUCCUAUCAAGACGCAGCGGAGUCCCGAAAGGAGCAGGUGGCCAUGAUGGAAGCGGUUUCUCUGGUGCCGUUUGACCGGCCACCGGUGAUUGAGAGGCUGCAGGCCAAUGUGGGCAAGAGGAAGAGUACAGUUCCCCAAAAGUUUGUGGAUGAAAAACUGGCACGCUACAGCUACCCUGAGAUGAGCUACGAGCAGAGUUUGAAAUAUGAAAAAGAAGCAGAGCUGAUGCAGGCCCACAUAAUGGACCAAGCCAUUAAUAAUGCCAUGUCAUACCUGGGCACCAAUUCACUGAGACCCAUUGUCCACCACCCAUCUCUCUCCAUGCCAGACAUGGUGCCUAUGGUCAACCCACUCUAUAGCCAGGUGUACCAAUUGGGGCCCCGCAUGGACCGGCCCAGCAACCAGAACAUCUUGCCGCCACUGCCUCCUCCCCUUGAGUCUCCGCCCUCCAACAACAGCCCGUUGUCCCUUAUUCGGCCAAAGACCAACCGUGAGGAGUCACCCAGCAGCAGCUGUCUAGAGUCAACAGGCUCUGAACACAAUAGCCCGCAGAAUCAUCCAGUCAAUUCGUUGAACCAUGCCCCGUACUUCAAGUCAAGCCCCAGAAGUUUCAAGGAGACGGGACAGGAGGCAUUGGCUGGCACAGAGAUUCCCUUUGAGCGCAGCACCAGCGGGAACCUGUACCGCGUGUUCAGCAAAGAUGGCCAGGAGCUGAGGGCCUUCAAGUGCGAUUAUUGCCGGGUGCUCUUUCUGGACCAUGUCAUGUACACCAUCCACAUGGGCUGCCAUGGCUACCGGAACCCUUGGGAGUGCAACAUUUGUGGCCGUCGCAGCCGGGACCGCUAUGAGUUCACUUCCCACAUUGUCCGUGGGGAACACACUUUUCACUAGGGCUCGUGUCCUUGGAGGAUGUUUCAGCUUCCGUCUCUUCUGCACCCAGUGACAGUUUAUGCAAAAGGGCAAUCAAGACUCAUUAGGUUUUUUGUGAGUCUGCACAACUUCCUUGAGUCCAGGCAGUGAUUUGAUGGCUUCUUUCGUUCAGUCAUACCGCCAAUCAUACCGCUUCAUGUAGAGACGUGCAGAUUCAACUCAUUGGUGGCGCAAACCCUCUACAAUGAUUAAUUCUGAAAACAAAUAUGAAGGUUUGGGUUUGCAAAGAUGCUAAAUUUUGAACUUUAAAUAAAACUGUAUGAACUUGUGGUUAUAUUCAUUUGUGCACUUGCUACCCUUGAAAAGUAGACUUUUAAGAUUUUGAACGCUUAAUUCAUUGAGCAGCUAUGAAAAUGCAGAUCUUUGUCUCAUUAUGCCUAUAAUGGGUUUAGAAUCUACCAUGAGUUCAUACUCAAAGGGUGAUGUGACACAUUGAGCCGUUCCAUGGCUACACCUCUUGUAAGGACACAGCAUCAUAAGUAGCGCAUAAUUAUUGCUUGUUUUUUUUUUCCCCCUUUCUUUCCAAAUAUCAGUUCCUCAGCUGAUCGUACAUUUUAUAAUCCUUUCUUCCACCACAGAUUUGUUUGUGUUUUUGUCUUUAAAGCUGACUAAGAGCAGACCGUGAGUAUGAAGUGAUAUCAUAGAUAGUACCAUUUUUGUACAAACACAGACAGUGCAUUUGCUUAGUUUUCCGAACGCAUGUGACAAGGCUUCACACGAGCAUCUCUUCCCUUCCUGCUUCAGCGUGAGCCCAACUGUAGUUAGAAUGUGAGUCAGCCUGGUUCCGUCACCACAUGAAAGCGUGACCGUGCCCAGGCCUGAAGAUAGUGAGAAUAGACUCAUUCCAAGAGUGGUGCCGUAACCCAGCCUUUGCUCCAGUGUGGCUACCGGUGUCACCUUCAGGUGUGUCUCUCUCUGUGUGUGUGUGUGUGUGUGUGUGUGUGUGUGUGUGUGUGUGUGUGUGUGUGUGUGUGUGUGUGUGUCUUCUGCUGGGGACACUGUGGCUGAGUCUGGUCACCGGGCUUCUGUCUCGCCACCUCCACUUACAAAGGAAAUGGCUUUUGCUGUGAAAUCAAAGAAACAGACUGGUUCACAUAGUCUGAAAUUCAUUGUUGUUAUUGUUAUCGUUUAAACUGUACACUCUAUAGCAACAUUUCUUAGCAAUGGUUACUUACAGUUUAUCACGGUAUGGUAUCAAAUGAGAAAGCCUUACUUAUUAUAGAAAUACUUUUCCUUGAGUUCAAUCACAAUCUUAUAAAUACUAUGCAAGGUCUUGUGCUUCGUCUAGGAAUUCUUGAUGUUUUUUUUAUGUUUUUGAUAUGAUAUAAUGGUUGUAAAUGGCUCAUUAUAUAAGUCUAAUUGUAUUUUUACUCUCAAGAUACAAUCCUUUCCCGGUUCUGUUCUGUUCAUCAGAGGCAAAAGUGUGGUACUUCCCAACUGCUCAAGGGAACUUUUUCUAGAGCUGCAUGUACUUUAUGCACUUUAUGCUAAGCACUGAUUCUAUACACAGCAGGGCACAAGGAGACUGUAGGCAAGACUUGGUUUACAGUUUUACUCACAGGGUGAAAUAUUUUACAAUAUACAGGAUUGUGAAACUGCUCAAAAUUGUCGGUUCUACAUGCAGGUACGUCUUUUCCUGUGUCUCUUCUGAAGAGACAAAUACUUUUCAAAAACGUGUACUUUUCCUUCUGUUUCGUGGAAAUAAAGGAUACAGCUGGAUGAAACUGACUUUUUCAGAAUUUUACAAAAUCAUAUCUCUGCAUCGUCUAUGAAUGUAAACAUGAAACCCUUGUAAAAUGAGCAAAUAUAUAAUUUGAUGGACAUUAAACAUGUUUA